GGUAAUUGUUGUUUUAGUGCAUCGGGCUUUAGAAUCGUUAGCCAUAUUUCGUGUCUUUGUUUGUCCUAGGUUUUUCUUUUGCUUCAGCGGUAUUACGUUGUCAGCUGCAUUUUUGCGUCCUAAACAAUCGAUUUUCUUAAAGUCCUUCCUUCGGAUUAUUUGGGACCAAAAUCUGUUAUAGAAACCUCCCAGUCUCGAACAUGCCACCGAAGAAGCCCCCGAAGUCGAAAACCUCGUCCUCGGUCACUCGAGGGCGCAGCAAGUCAGUUGGUCGAUCCAACAGCAAAGGCCGUGACCGAACCCCUUCAAGAUCUCGUUCUCGAUCCAAGACGACGACCACUGUGCGCAGCCGAACUCCGGCUUCCGAAUCUAAACUUCAACGCCGUCAAUCUUCGAGUUCAUCCGAAUCCGAGUCUUCCUCACCCAGCGUAAAGGGGCGUCGCAGUGCAUUUGUUAAACAUUCUAAACCCGCUCCCGAUGCUUCCGGUGACAGGCGCACUCGAACCACCACUGUGUUGCGUGAAACAAACCCUAGUCGAUUUUCUCAGCGAAUCAUUCAAAAGAUUGAGACAACUAAGGUGCACUCAACUAUCAGUGAAAGCUUCUCGGAUGAGAUGAAUCAACACGCUCCACGCGAAUCCUUCUGCGAGUGGCUCGCUUCCCUACUACGUAAAUUGUGCCCACCUUCUGUCGCUGCAUUCCUGGGCAUAAUUAUUUUGUUACCUUCUAUCUAUUGGCUGAAUCUCCUAAUCAUCGCUCCCGUCUCUGGAGCGACCACCGAUUUCAGGCUGCUUCGAAGCCCGUCUCGCCCUCUCGCCGGUGUUCUCUGGCCUACGAAUCCCUUAGUCUAUUUGGAUUAUCGCUGUCACGCAUUUGUCCUCAUUUACCUACUUCUCCACUUCCUAAUCGCCCGCUUUAUACCGUUUGGCUAUCGUGCUGGUUCUCAAUCUGUUCCCAGAAGUUCCGCUCCUCAUCGAUUUAAUGACUUGUUCACCCUGGUGUUCUUCAUCGGACUAUUCUCUAUGGCUGAAUUUUGCGAAUGGUCCUUCCUGUCGACUUUACGACCUACUUUUCUACUUAGCAAAUACUAUAUGAGCUUACUGGCGGCCGCGGGGAACAUCGCCAUAGUUUUGUCAGUGCUCGCAUACAUGACAUCUGGACGCACUUCCCGCUCCCCGGCUUCGAUAAAGGGCAAAAUUGGGGGGUUCUUGGUUGAUUUUUGGAGUGGUCGUUCCGUGCGGCCCCGCUGGUUCGGUCUCGAUUGGAAAAUGGUCUUGUUUCGACCCGCGAGCGUCGGUUUGGUAUUGUUGGAAUCAGCCUAUAUACUCUCACAAUGGGAACGCUUCGGACGCGUUAGUCCCGCCUUGGUCACCCUCGCUGUCAUGCACUUUAUUUGGGUGCUCGACUUUUUCGCCUUCGAAGACACCUGGUGUCACACUUUUGAGGUCCGUUAUGAAAGUAUGGGCUAUUUGAAGAUCUCUGAAGCUCUCCUGUUACCCUUCCUCUACUCUAUCGCGGCCUCCUAUUUGUCUUCAAGACCGGAUGUGGGUCGUCUGACUGCGGCUGAUGGUUCACUCAACAUACAUCAAACCAUCACGCUAGCGUUCUCGAUUGUCCUCUUCUUCGUCGGGUACUGGAUCUAUCGUUCAUCGAAUAGUCAAAAAGAUUUGUUCCGUCGCCAUCCCGGACAUCCGUCGUUUGCCGGGGUGCGCACAAUUUCUGGGCCGCACACACAGCGCCUUCUCGCCGGUGGCUGGUGGGGCGUUGUUCGGCAUCCGAAUUACCUGGGUGACCUCCUGAUGGCUUAUGCGCAGCCACUGCUCGCAGGUUUCUCAUCUCCGAUCCCUUGGUUCUAUCCUCUGUUCCUCACUUGUAUUCUACUGAAUCGCAUCCGACGUAUAGAACGCUUAACCUCCGAGAAGUACGGAAUCAGUAUGAAUGUCUACAAGAAGUUUGUUCCAUGUAAACUUGUCCCAAGAAUCUAUUGAUGUUCUCCAUGUGGCUGGCCAUCGUGCUUGUAUACUAACCUUGUUAGCAUUCCUUUUUCAUUUUAUCAAGGCAUCUUACCCUUGUGCCGAUUACGUUUUCUGAUCUUACCUUAGGAAACUACCACUUCUAGCAGAACAUUCAUUUCCUUCUCCCCAUCCUUUUUUGUUCCCUUGCCGCAGUCUUAUUUGCAUUCUUAUCCUUCAUUGUUUUCAAAACCACGAUCACACCACCACGGCUUAUUUGUCAUCUUUUGAAUUAUCUCAAUGUACAGUCUUAUCCGCUUCAGGCGUGUGGCUCAAAUGUUACCGGUAUCAUCGUAGUUUUCUGUGUCCCCCAUACUUAGAUGUCCAUCAUUUUUCGUCUACCAAACUUUUGCAUUUUUGUACUGACAUAUAAUAUUAUACAGUGUACUACAUCAGUCACCUCGUUUGCUUUCUUUUCAACGAACCUUGUUCGUUUUAUUUCGCUUCUUAGCCGUGAAACAAGGUGGG